CAUUUGCAUUUACAUGUUUUUUGAGGACACGACAACAAAUCAUUUGUCCCAGUACACAAAUAAGUAGUACGGGUGUCUGAAGUGAAAUAUCGACAUUGAUAUAUGUGUUGACAGUCUGUGUUUAAAGUUGAUUUUUUAGAUUUUAAAGGAAAUUAGUGUGUUGAUCUAUUGAAAUAUAUCAUACUAGGGAUGAUUUGGAUUUUAUUUAAUAUGAAAAAGUUUUAAAUGUAUUAUUAAAAAUACUGUGUUGUAAUUUUAGUGAAAAUGUACAAUUCAUUAAUAUGGGUCAGUGUUUAAGUUUGGAUCAAGAGGAAUUGAAAGCACGUGCCAAGAGUGAUGUUAUAGACCGACAAUUACAGUCAUGGGCUAAAGAAGAGCAAAAUGUCAUUAAAAUUUUAUUACUUGGUGCAGCAGAGAGUGGCAAAAGUACUUUGGUAAAACAAAUGAAAAUAAUACAUCAUGAUGGAUUCUCUAAUGAUGAAUUAAUGUCAUUUAAGCCUGCCGUCUUGGAUAACUUACUGGGUUCCAUGAAGUAUGUCCUGACAGGAAUGGGACUGUUACGUAUCAAUCUGGAAAAUCCAAAAUACAGAUCUCAUGCAGAAAAAGUCCUCACCUGUAUCUGUUGUUUUGACAAAAAACAGAAUAUGUAUCAAGAUGUGUACGCUUCACUGAAAUACUUGUGGCAGGACCGAGGGGUACGACUAGCUGUGUCUCGAGGCUAUGAAUAUGAACUAAAUGAUUCGGCUAUAUAUUACUUUGAGAAUAUGGACAGAAUUUGUCAUCAUAACUUUAUACCUAAUGCUAAAGAUGUUCUACGAGCCAGGGUACGCACAACUGGAAUCUUAGAAACAUGUUUUAAGAUUAACAACUUUGUUAUACGAAUGUUUGAUGUGGGAGGUCAGAGAUCAGAGAGGAGGAAGUGGAUCCAUUGUUUUGGGGAUGUAAAAGCCGUGUUAUUUGUGGCAGCAUUAAGUUGUUAUGAUAUGUACUUGUUUGAAGACCCAGACGUGAAUCGACUUGAAGAGAGUUUGAAUUUGUUCAGAGGUAUCUGUAACAAUAGGUUCUUCAGGGAGACUUGUAUGAUCUUAUUUUUGAACAAAGUGGAUCUUUUUAAAGAUAAAAUACGUCAUUCUGAGAGACAUCUGAGGAACUUCUUUCCUGAUUAUCGAGGUAAAGACCGUGAUUUUGAUAGUGCAGCCCAUUUUAUACGAAUAGAAUUUCAGCGUCAGAAUCAUGUGCCAUCGAAAGUCAUCUAUCCACAUUUUACCACUGCAACAGACACUAGCAAUAUUCAGGUUGUUUUCCAAGUUGUCAUGGAUUCCAUACUUAAGGAUAAUCUGAGGAGUAGUACUUUGUUGUGAUCUUUACAUGGUCAUGUCAAGGUUAAACCAAUGUGUUGGCUAAGGAACAUUCCAGUGUUGUCAUGGAUUCCAUACUUAACAAUAAUCUGAGGAGUAGUACAUUAUUGUGAUCUUUACAAGGUCAUGUGACUUAUGUCAAGGUUACAUCAAUGUGGUUAAGGAACAUUCUAAUGCUGUUAUGGACUCCAUACUCAAGGAUAAUCUGAGGACUGACACAUUGUUGUGAUUCUUACAAGGUCAUGUCAAGGUUACAGUAAUGUGGUUUAAGAACAUUUCAGUUUUAGAUAUCAUAUUUGAAUUUUAAUAAAUUAUCAAAAAGGCAAUCAAUUUAAAAAGUAGUUAGGGAGGAAGAUGUUAAUAUGAUUACAUUGAUUCAGGUUUUUGGUCUACGGGGGAAAAAAAUGAUUUUUUAUUUCAAGUUUAAUUUUGACUUAACAACUGGAAUGUUCCUUUGCUUACAGAACAAGCCAAAUAUAGUUUCUGUGAUAUGUAAAUAAAUCAGAUUAUUUUAUGUAUACAGAAGGUUGGUUUUAAAUGAUCUCAAAUCAUUUCUUUUACCAUUUAUUUUAAACAUCCUUCAUUUUAAGUCAUUGUUACAUUUUAAGAUUUAUAAACAUUACAAAGCAUUGAUGAAUUGAAGCACAAGUAUAGUUGUUUUACUUAUUGUUUUAUAGAAUGUGUGCCACCUAGUCUUAUAUCAUCUUAAUAUUGUACAUUUUUUAAGGAUUUUUUAAAUGAUUAUGGAAGUAAAAAUACAAUUUUAAGAAUAAGUUUAAUGCUUUUAGAGUUUUUGAUUUUAAAAUGAUAUGCAAUGCUAAGCAUAAAGAGUGCCAUUUAGAAACAAAAAAUGUUACUUUUAAAAAGUAAGAUGCACUUAGCUGAGGUAGACAUAUGCAUAGAAGACUUCUUCAUAUAAAAUGCUGUAAAAAUAUCAAAUAUAAUUUUGAAUAGAUAGCUUGUGGAGAUUGUGAUGUGAAACUUCUUUAAUUUUUCCUCAUUUUACUUGCAUUAAAACAGGCUUUGGCCACUUUGAUGAAUUUUGAUAAACUACAAAUUGAUUAAUUUUGUCUUGUGCAAUUUAUUGCCAUAUCCAAACAGCACAUUUAAUACUCAAGCAUUUUUUUCAUGAAAUCAAUAGGAAACCAGAUAUUACCACUUUAUGAUCUUGACAAAAAUGUGUAUCCUUUCUCAGUAGUUAAAUUUGAAAAGGCUUGGUAAAUUUCGUAUUAUUUAGUUUUAAAAUUUGGUUUAUCUUCGUUAAUGGCAUGGGGUGGUUAGAUCUAUAUGUAAACAACUGAAUUUUUUUGAUUUACACUCAGAUUUUCUUUUAGAUUAAAAAAAUAUUCAUUCAUAUUGUAAAACAGGGCAUAAUAAUUGGUUGGAUACAUUAAAGUUCAAAAUACUCAAAAUCUUCGAUUCAUAAACAAAACUAAUUGUCAGCUUUUAUUUUCUUAAAAUUAUGAGAAAACUACUAUUAAUUGAAGUCUUUGUAACUGUUAGUGCACAUGGCAGCAAGAUAUUUUGUUAUCAGAAAAAGAAGGAAAGUAAAUAUCGCCUAGCAUUGUUUAGAAAUAUCCAAAGGACCAGAAAAUUAAGAAGUAUCAUGAAUCAUGAUCCAUUAAAUAGCAUCCCUCAAAAUGUUGAAAAAGUAAUGGUUUGACUGCCUGAUUGGAAGCAAUGUGUAUUUCAUAAAUUUCUUGCAUGAUUGCUUUAGGCCUAUAAACAUUUUGAAUUCAAGCAAAAGUGACCAAUUAGCAAAGUUACCUCAUAUUGAGGACUUUUUGUUGAUAUGAAGAGUAACCCAUAUUGUAGAGGACAACACAACUUCUCUUACAGUAAUGAAAAAUAUCAAUCUUAAUUUUAAUCAAUAAUUUAUAAAAUUUAUUAUGGAUUAAUGUGUUUAAUGUAAAUCAAAAAAGAAAUAGUUACCUCAAUUAUUACAGUCAACUAUGUCUUAAAAAAUUGCACAAGAGUUACAACAAUAAGUAUAUGUAUUAAAUACAUUUUAUAACUUGCUAUUAGUUAAUGUAGUAUGUUUGAAAAGCUUGAGAUUGAUAUCAUUAUCUGUUCCACAUUUUCUAAUCAGUGAAAUGACAUGUAUUUAAUAAUCAUUAAUAAUUGUAAAUAACAUUAAAUAAUUUAUUACAUUUCAUUUUACAUAUAACUUCCAUGAUUGAUUUAUUGUGACACUGCCAAAAACACAACAGUUCAUCUGAUUUAUCUCCCUUGUCAUACAACACACUAUGAUCUCGUAAAGAAAUAUAUCAUUGAGUUAUCUCCCCAUAUCAUUUUUACAAAGUAUUCUACACCUUUAUCAUGUCAUCACCUGUCAUUUUAUCUAUUUAGAAAACACAAAAGGUACAAGUAGUGCCAUUUUUAGACAACACAAUUUUUUGGCAUGUUUCAUAAGCUAAAGACACAUAUGUUUUAUUUCAGAAAAGAAAUAACAAAUCCAUUCUUAAUUCUAUUCCUAUGAAUAAAGAAUGUAAAUUAUGUGACAGAUUAUGGGGUAUUGAUAGUAUAUUGUCAUUAAGCAUUUUAUGAAGAUUUUAUUCAUAUUUUUUUUAUUAAUAUGUUGAUAUGUUAAUACUAUUAAAAUAAUGCAAUAUUAUAAAGUUCAAGAAUUUCCACCAUAUCAUGAAGAUUAAUUUAAGUUUUAAUCCAUGAGCAUAAGCAGUCUUGAUAGCUUUCAUGAAUUAUGAAAUGAUGUUGGUGUUUAAAAUCACACAUUUGACUGAUUGUCUAACUGUAGUUUAACAUUUUAUAAGGAUCCUUUGGGAAAAAAAGGUUGAUCAAUUAUGAAUUGGCAAUUAUUUGGACUGUGGAAAUAAUUUUAAUUUAGAGUAUUGACCAUUGUCAACCCUAACAGUGCUGUAAUUGUUUUUGUUAAUUUUACUUAUUGUUAUUUGUACAUAUCUUUCUGUUUUUAGCAAAAAAGUUUUACUAUUUUAUUUAAUAAAUUGUACACUACUUUAAUGAUUUGCAUCUAAUCAUUAGCAAAUAAGGUUUCAAUGAUUUUGCCACUAUAUGUAAUCUCUGUAUGAAAUGUGGAAACACCUAAUUUUGUCACUUAUAUGUUAAGGUAGACCAAAUAACACAUCCUCAGUUGCUUUAUACAGAAUAUUUCUGUGGUUCAGCUGACCUUAUAUCAUGUAUAUUAAGAAUUUUACAAUAAUUGUAUAUUUUCAGACUAUGCUUCUGAUAAAUUCUUAUUUGUUAAGUUUUUUUUAACACCAAACCAAUUUUUAACCUAUUCUUUUACAUGAACUUAAAGGAGUAGGUCCAGUAGGGGCCGAUUUUGGACUUAAAUUUCAGGUUUAUCUGACAAAAGAUUUUGACCACUUUUUAAACACUGUCUAUUUUAUUUGAUCAAUUUCUUUUUGUUAAAGAUUUUAAUUGAUUUAGUCAAAAAUAUAAAAAAACGUACCAAUUCAAGCUGAAAUAUAAAAAAAUACCAAAUAUGCUGGAAAAUAACAUUUUUCGCUUGGUUUUUGUCAAAAAAUUAAGGUGGCCACAUCCGUGUUCAUCCUCAACCUUUAUAUGUGUUAUGUAUUAUCAUAAAAUACAACUAACAUUUCAAUAUUAAGGAUGAACACGAAUGCGGUCAUUUUCGUUUUACAUGAAAUCCCUCUAAAAUUUAACUUAAAUGCUAGAAUUAUGAAGAUUUCAGUAAUUAGCAUGAGUUAGUGGAGCUAGUUCACAAUAUAUGUGCAUUAUGUCGUCAAAAACAGCCCAUAUUUAUGUAGCAGAAGCAUUUUACUGUUCAAUGAAUAACUAAAAGUUUACAUUUUAACAAUUUUGUAAAACUCUAUAUUUUGGGGCCAAAAAGGGGUCUUACUGUACCUACUCCUUUGUUGAAAGCAAAUUAUUUUCUGUUCAGCACUACAUUGUUAUUGUUUUUAUUGUGUAAGUGUAAUUCUUUGUGCAUGCAAACAUGAAAAUUAUAUCUGUUUAUCCAGACACACAGAAUGUUUUUUUGUGUAUUAAGAAACACUUAAUGCUCUAUGUGUAUCCAAAAUUUACUUUAGCAAAGGGAUAUAUGUGUAUAAGCCAAUGUAUGGUCUCCAAUUUAGUAAUCAAUUUGAGGUUGUAAAAGGUCAUUUGUUCAACAUAUCAAUUCAUAAAAUCAAAAUAUUUUUAUUUAUAAAUAUACUUGUAUUUCUUCAUGAUCAGUUUGACUUUUAAAACUAAAAAGGUUUGCACUGCUAUGUAAACCAAGAACAUUCCUUUCAAGACCAUCUAGUAGUAGUAUUUAUUUUUUAUUUCUAAUUUUUGAAAUAAAAAUAACAGUUACCCCUAAAUUGAAGAUUAAUAAUAUGGCAACUAAACAAUAUUACACAUAUCAAUACUUUAUUCUAUGUUGGUGCUUUUUUGUUAUAAAAUGUACAUUAUAAAUGAUAAGUAUAUAUAAACUGCUAUGCAAUAGCAGGUGUAAAUAAAAAACUUAAAUACUACAAUGUUUAUUUAUUUACCCUGACUUGUUUGUUAUUGAUAAA